UCCCUCAGGCCUCGCUCUCCCUCCAACAGCCCUGACAGCGUGCUGAAGAUGAAGCUGUGUCCACCGCUGUCCUUCUUCCCCAGUUCGUCCUCCUCUUCUGACCGCUCCUCCUUCGACAAGGGCAGCCGCAGCGAGUACCACGACCAGCUACAGCCUUGUCCGGGCACCUGCCUCGCCACACCCUCUCUCGGAGAGAGCCACCUGGGAGGGUCGCCCUCCGCCAACUCCGCCCUGGAGUCCAUCGCCCGCGGCCCCGACGGACGCUUCGUCGUCCAGGCCUACGCCCCCGGAUCCAGCCCCGCGCACCUCAAGCGGAGCUUUAAGAAGGACUUCCCACAAUCCCCUGGGAGGGGCUCCUUCCGGGACUCGGCCGAGCUUGUUCGCUGAUCGCUGAUCAGAGGCGCUGCUCCACUGGCGCUGGUGGUGGACGCGUCCGUGGCGCCGCACCUGGAGACGCUGGCCGAGUCGCCGGGCCGGGUCAGAGCCAUGGCGCGCAACUUCUCCCGCCACGGCUGCUUCUACUCGGACGACGAGCAGGCCGGCUCGGAGGCGCUGCUGGAGCGCGCCAGCUUCUACUCGGACAGCGGCGAAGCGUCAAGAACGUUACUGACGGGCGUCACAACCGACGCACCUCGAGGAUCUGCUUGCCCGGCUCGCUUCGCGUCAGCUAACAGCCCAUGGAGCCGGACGGUCCGCUGA